AAGCAGCUGCCUGUGCCCUGUUGAAACUUCAUGGCCACAGCCCCAGUGCCUGCUGACAUUGCCAUGGGCAGCGUGGGCAGCCUAUUGGAACGGCAGGACUUUUCCUCUGAAGAGCUACGGGCAGCACUCGCCGGGUCCCGGGGCUCCCGCCAGCCUGAUGGGCUCCUCCGGAAGGGCUUGGGCCAGCGUGAGCUCCUCAGCUACUUACACCUCCCCAAGAAGGAUGGCAAGACCACCAAGCGGGCCCCUCGGAAUGAGCCUGCUGACUAUGCCACCUACUACAGGGAACAUCCUUGGGCUGGUGACUUCAGUAAGACUUCUCUGCCUGAGCGGGGUCGCUUUGACAAGUGCCGAAUUCGCCCAUCUGUGUUCAAGCCUGCAGCGGGCAACGGGAAAGGCAUCCUGUCCACGCAGGGCCUGGCAGCCCAUAAGGGCCAGAAGCUGUGGCGCAGCAAUGGCAGCCUGCACACGCUGGCCUGCCACCCGCCCCUUAGCCCAGGGCCCCAGGCCAGCCAGGCCCGUGCGCAGCUGCUUCACGCCCUCAGCCUGGAUGAGGGCGGCCCCGAGCCUGAGCCCAGCCUGUCUGACUCCUCCAGUGGGGGUAGUUUUGGCCGCAGCCCUGGCACUGGCCCCAGCCCCUUCAGCUCCUCCCUGGGCCACAUUAACCAUCUUGGCGGCUCCCUGGACCGGGCCUCAAGAAGCCCCAAGGAGGCCGGGCCACUGGCUGUGCUGAGCUGCCUGCCCGAGCCACCGCCGCCCUAUGAGUUCUCCUGCCCCACCGCCGAGGAGGUGGUGGCUGUGCUGCCGGAGACCUAUGAGGAGCUGAAGAGGGGCCUUGGUGUUGAGGAUGGCUCCAGCGCCUUCACGCAGGUUCUCGAGGAGCGCCAGCGGCUGUGGCUGUCUGAGCUGAAGCGCCUGUAUGUGGAGCGGCUGCACGAGGUAGCCCAGAAGGCCGAGCGCAGCGAGCGCAACCUCCAGCUACAGCUGUUCAUGGCCCAGCAGGAGCAGCGGCGCCUGCGCAAGGAACUGCGGGCUCAACAGGGCCUGGCUCCCGAGCCUCGGCCCCCUGGCACCCUCCCAGAGGCCGACCUCAGCACACGACCAGAGGAGGAAGCCCGAUGGGAGGUGUGCCAGAAGACAGCGGAGAUUAGCCUCUUGAAGCAGCAGCUGCGGGAAGCCCAAGCGGAACUGGCCCAGAAGCUGGCCGAGAUCUUCAGUCUGAAGACGCAACUUCGGGGCAGCCGGGCACAAGCCCAAGCUCAGGACACAGAGCUGGCCCAGCUGCGGGAGGUGGUGCGCAGCCUGCAGGAGCAGGCCCCUCGGGAGGAGGCCCCAGGCAGCUGUGAGACUGAUGACUGUAAGAGCAGGGGGCUGCUGGGGGAGGCAGGAAGCAGUGAAGCCAGAGAUGGUGCUGAGCAGCUGCGAGCUGAGCUGCUGCAAGAGCGGCUCCGGGGCCAGGAGCAGGCGUUGCGCUUCGAGCAGGAGCGGCGGACUUGGCAGGAAGAGAAGGAGCGUGUGCUACGCUACCAGCGGGAGAUCCAGGGGGGCUACAUGGACAUGUAUCGCCGCAACCAGGCACUGGAGCAGGAACUGCGGGCACUGAGGGAGCCCCCCACGCCCUGGAGUCCUCGGCUCGAGUCCUCCAAGAUCUGAGGCCAGUAGAAUGAGCCGACAGCAGAUACACUGUCAGAAGGCGCCCUGAGACGCCGGCUCAGCCCUCCCUUACACUGGUCUAGGGCAGCACCUGCAGAGGCCAGCCCAGGGCUGGGGAGGCCCGUGGAGAGGAGGGAUCCAGUGGGGCUGUGGGCUGGGCAGGGUGCCUGCAGCAGGAGCCAGGGCAAGGCCCUCCUGGUAGAAGAGCACCCAGGCAGGGCCCAGCCCUGCUUCCUGGAGUGGGUGUGGCCCAGGGCAGGAGGCUGGGGAGUCUGGAGCCCGGCAGUGCAGAAGGGCAGUGCAGAAGGGCAGGCGUGAGGGAGGGAGGCUGCAGCCCUGGGCCAAGGCCAUCUCCACAGAAGGAGGCUGGGCUGGGAACACUGACCUCCCUCGGAAUGAAACCAUGUUUU